UUUUUAUUAUAUUGGGUGAAAACUCAAAACAUAUUGUUAGUUUCCAAGUAUUAAUGGUUUUUUCUAAAAAGAUAAAAAAGUACAGUUUACAGCUUAGGGUUCCGCCGUUCUAACAUAAAAAGCCGGCGACAAGACCACCGCUACCUCCUCCUCGAGGAAGACGAUGACGAUGACGUGGGUAGAGAGAUUUCCCGCCAAGCUCACAAGAACAAAGCUAAUUGGGGCAGAUUAUUUUCGAUUGAGAAUUCAUUUUGAGAUUUCUCUAGGUGCCUUUUGUUUUUUGGCAAUCAUGAGCGACGAAGGAGAAAAAACCUGUCCCCUUUGUGCGGAAGAGAUGGAUUUGACUGAUCAGCAACUGAAGCAUUGCAAAUGUGGUUAUGAGAUACGUGUUUGGUGUUGGCAUCACAUAAUGAAUAUGGCUAAGGAUAGUGCAGUGGGGAGGUGUCCAGCAUGUCGUAGUGCUUAUGAUAAAGACAAGAUAGUAGGAACGACUACUAAUUGUGAGAGGUUGGUUGCUGAAGUUAAUAUGGAAAGAAAAACGAAGUCGCAAAAAGCAAAGACUAAAUCAUGUGAAGGAAGGAAGCAACUGAGCAGUGUGCGAGUUAUUCAAAGGAAUCUUGUUUACAUUGUGGGGUUGCCACUUAAUCUGGCAGAUGAGGAGCUUCUCCAACGUAGAGAUUAUUUUGGUCAAUACGGGAAAGUUCUUAAAGUAUCUAUAUCUCGGACUGCAGCUGGUGUCAUUCAGCAAUUUCCAAACAAUACAUGUAGUGUAUAUAUUACGUACUUAAAAGAAGAGGAAGCGAUUCGUUGUAUCCAGUCUGUACAUGGAUUUGACUUGGACGGUAGACCAUUAAAGGCAUGCUUUGGUACAACAAAGUAUUGUCAUGCAUGGUUGAGAAAUGUGCCUUGCACCAAUCCUGAUUGUCUAUAUUUGCAUGAGAUUGGUCCACAAGAGGAUAGUUUCACAAAAGAUGAAAUCAUAUCAGCCUACACAAGGUAA